AUGGGGGACGUGCAUAGCAGGAGGACUCCUCCCUUCCCUUCGCCAACCGAAACUGUUUCCUCUGCUGCUGUCCCGCAGCCUCAUCGGCAAGCGCGAUCGCCAUCGAGUUACCGAACUACCUCCGACCCCGACUACGCGGGUGGCAUAUCGUUGGAUGGACGGACUGGCCGUGGAGAUGGAUCAUCGAAAGAGCCAGCGCGGUUACCUCGUCUUUCACGCGGCGAUUCGGCGGAUCAAGUCGCGGGCCUGACACCCGUCACGGAAGACACACACCCGGGAAGUGAGCGGCAGGAAGACCACGGCCGGUCUUCGCAAACCCUGAAGGAGCUGCGGCGACAGAUGGAGGAGCUACUGGUAUAUCAACAGAUGCAGCAGAGCCAAAGCCAGAACCAGCCGCCGCCGAUACACGCGGGCGCUGUCCCUCCCCUGUCGAGCGAAACUCCCAGAAAGCGGCGGCUGUCGACCACAACCACCGAGGUGCCCGUGACCAUCGUCCAGCCAUCCUCGGGGUCGGGAGGCUCGGCAGGAACGAUCAAGGGCGUCGACGAAUCCGUUUCAACCAACCCGCACACGACACAGACGCCGUCGUAUCCCUUCCCACGGACCCAGGAUCAGAUCAAUUCGAUCAAAGCAUCAGCGGAGCAGACAGGGCGGCAGGGUCAAUUUCGGCUGAAGUUCCCCUCCGACAAGCUGCGCUCGUCGCCUGCACCUCGAACCCCGGACGAAAAACCCUCAAAGGCAAAGCAACCAGACCCGCAGCCCACGUUCCUACCGUCCCACCACAGGAGCAUUUGCAAUGAUUCGGAGUUUGCGACGCCAAAUCUGUACGAUCUGACUUUAAAGCUACAUGCGGACCCCGGACUUCGGGCUUGGUGGAAUAAUCUCGUUGAUGUCUUACAAACGCACUAUGGGGCGGAGCGGGCGUCGCUGGCUGUUCCUGGGGAUGCGACAGACCUUGAAAACGUGCCGUGGGGACAGAAGGCGGUAUUCGACGGGAACGCGAGCAUUGAGAUCGAUGAAGCCCAAGCCCUGUCUCUCUUCGAUGGCUCGCCUACGGACACUGCCAGUGGCCGCAAGUACGGAGACGAGAUGAAUCAAACAACAGAAACGGGAUCGGGUCAGGGGGUGAAGAGCCCUACUUCAGUUCCUGCACCGGCUCGUCCGGCUUUGACAUCACGCCACUCAUUCGCUGGGUUUGGCCAUAGCACGAAGCAGCGAACGACAGACCGGGAUCAACAGCAACAUUUUUCCAAGCCAGCCACUACAAAGCCGGAGAAGAAGAAACAUGCCCGCAUUGCCGACCAGGUUGCCCAGACCGACGUGCGCGAUGCUGAGUCCAAGGUUCUACCGAGAAGCUCGCACCAUCCCAUUCGAUCAGCCGUCUUCCCGAUCCCGAGACCGUUGGAGAUGGAGUCGGACCCUCUCAUCAAACGUACCGGCGUGGUCAAACUUUUCGGACGGACCAACCCCAUCGUGCUGACCCGUGAAUAUUCGGAAAACAACGUGACUCGAGUCUCACAGCCACCAAAUGGCUCUGCUCGAAGCCCGGUGGAAACAGUGCAGGUUACUCCAGGGACUGAGGUCCCCAGUGAGGUUGAACCCCCCACCUGCCAGCAGAAAAAGCUCAGUGCACCUCAUCUACGAGAAUAUGAUGAAUACGAGCAAGUACCUCAGUCCCCAUGGUCUCAAUCGCCAGCACCUUCCCCCGCGCUCCGUGCACAUGGAGAUCAAAACCCUUUCUUCACGAACCACGCGGUGGACGAAGGUGCAUUCUUGCAGAACCCACCUGAGCAUGACUAUGCGAAUAUCCAGCCCUUGGAAGCCAUUGGUGUCGAUCAUUCAAAAACCGUGGUUCACAUUUCUUUACUCCAUGGAGGCCACUCUGACCAUGGUUCUUCGUCAACGCUGAGAUUCCCGGUUGCCAUUAUAUCGAUGUUGUCAACAGUAGUGCCCUAUCCACCUAAUCUACGACAAUCACUUGCCCAUUUGAUGCCGCAUCUCACGACGUCUUUCUGCCUAGCCCAGCAAUACAGUCAAUUGGAACGCCAAGUUACCUCCAAGGUGGAGACACCACGAUAUGGGCACCUACUUGGCUUGGGUGGAACCUUCUCCGACGCAAGCAGUGAGUUGGAGCUUGUGGCGGGUCUGAGUGGUCAUGUCGGCUGCUCUGUUGGUGAUGAGACACCCAUGUCCACGCGGGCCAGCAUCAGAAGCCCCAGUGAACGCUCGUCAUCGAAGUAUAGCCCCGCUAUUUCCAAUCUUGGGACACCGGCUUUCGACCUCGGCCAAAUUGGGGUUGGUUCGAACAACCAAUCUCCGGCUCUGCGCUCCGGUGAUACUGCCGAAGGAUAUUUCAAUGUUCAUCAAUCAAAAACGCCCCGCGAUAAUAUCCCCCAGCAACGGCAUCGCUUUUCCAAUCUAAAAACUAACCUCACUCCAUCCAAUCCAUCCUCCCCCGGCAAGACGGCGGGGAAAGGAUCAACAGCCGAAGAGAGUAUUUCACAAGAUCCGAGUGUUGUUAUCGCCUCUCCGCUACAGGAGAUGCGACCACCACCGGUUCCAUUUUCUCCUACCCAGCCUUCCUCUCGUCAGACGUCCACAAACUCCUUUUAUGCCCAGCUUCAGCGGGAAAUGCCUCGGCCAUUCCCCGACACUAUUGCCCAGCUCAUGCUCAACUCGGUCCCUCUUCAUCUUUUCUUGGCCAAGCCUCAAAGCGGCGAAAUGAUCUGGACAAAUGCCAAAUUCGAUGCAUAUCGCAGAAGCAAGCCCCAGGAACAGAAACUGCGGGACCCGUGGCAGAACAUUCAUAGUACCGAAAGGGAUCAAGUGUCUAGCCAGUGGGCCCAUGCCUUGCGUACUGGCUCUCAGUUCACCGAAAGAGUCCGCGUGCGCAGAUUCAACGAUGAAUCCGCUUAUCGUUGGUUCAUCUUUCGCGCAAAUCCUCUACUUUCUGUUACUGGGGAGGUUCUGUACUGGAUUGGCUCUUUUCUCGACAUUCAUGAGCAGCAUAUCGCUGAGCUGAAGUCCGGCCAAGAGAGAGAAAAAUUCGCCACCGAUGCCAAAUAUCGUGCAUUUUCGAAUUCGAUCCCACAAGUUGUCUUCGAAGCUACCGAAAACCGUGGGCUUAUCUUCGUCAACGAGCAGUGGAAUCUCUAUACAGGGCAAAAGCUUGAAGAGGCACUUGAUCUUGGAUUCGCAAAGCACGUCCAUCCCGAUGAUCUCGAAAAAUGCGGCGGGCUCUCCUCUCAGACAAUGCAAAGUUGCGACGACACAAACGAAUCAACAUCGUCGGAUGGCGGAAAGGAGAACCAAGCCGUUUCUUCUGCCCUCGAUGAGCUGGUACGGCGUGGUGUAGCAACCCUACAGGAAGAUGAGAACGGGCGUGUGUUCUAUUCCACGGAAAUCCGUCUUCGUUCCCGAGGAGGUGACUUCCGGUGGCACCUUGUUCGCCUGGUGCGUGUGAAGACAAGCAGCUUUGGUAGCGAAGAGGCUUCUUGGUACGGCACAUGCACCGACAUCAAUGAUAGGAAGAACCUUGAGCGGGAACUCAACAAAGCGAUGAGCCAGCUGAACAACCAGAUGGAAUCUAAAACCAAGUUCUUCAGCAAUAUGUCCCAUGAGAUCAGAACUCCACUCAACGGAAUCCUGGGCACCAUUCCGUUCAUACUCGACACUCAGCUCGACAGUGAUCAGAGACGGAUGCUUGAUACCAUUCAAAACAGUUCCACCAAUCUCCGUGAGCUAGUGGAUAACAUUUUGGAUGUAUCUCGCGUCGAAGCCGGCAAGAUGUCUAUGGUCAAUUCCUGGUUCCACGUCCGAUCUAUGAUUGAGGAUGUUAUCGACACAAUCGCCUCUCGAGCAAUCGACAAGGGCCUGGAGAUCAACUAUUUGAUGGAGGCUGAAGUCCCCGCCAUGGUUAUCGGUGAUCGAUUCCGAAUUCGCCAAGUUCUCAUUAAUCUUGUUGGCAAUGCGGUCAAGUUCACAUCCCAGGGUGAAGUCUACAUCUGCUGCAGCCUGCAUCGUGAUGCGGCCACCAAGCUUAAGGAGACAGAGGCCCUGCUCAACUUCGACGUGAUUGAUACAGGCAAGGGCUUUAGUACACAGGAUGCGGAACGUCUCAUGCAACGGUUCAGUCAGUUGGGAGAGACUGGAUCACAACAACACGCCGGAAGUGGCUUAGGCCUAUUUCUAUCUAAGCAACUGGUGGAAAUGCAUGGCGGAGAACUCACCCCGAGCAGCAAAGAAGGUCAAGGAGCCAAGUUCUCUUUCAACGUCAAGGUUGAUGCUCCUCCGCCCCCAUCACCUGCCGAGACGCCUGGAUUGCUUCGCCAGACCUCCAAUGCUUCCAGGAGACCAGGUGCAUCCCGGACCACAUCUUACGAUCGAUCUUCCUUGCAAGUCCCAAAAAGCUUUGAACCCAAACUUCAGGAUCCGAACACUCUGUCUCCAGAGUUCGACACCCCUGUCGCCCAGUCACCUAUUCUGAGCAGUACCCCGUCCACCUCCAAGGGCCAGCAUCCCUCUUCUGCCUUGUCUUCAGCACUCCCCACUCCAGACGUCUCCACUGCACAUCUGCCCUCUCAGUUCAACCAAGAAAAACCAUCUGAGCCUACAGCUGGGCAAACCCAACCGCCUGCUCAACGUGCAGUCUCUCCAAACAGAACACCUACGAACUCUGCAGCACCUCCUCCGCCAAGUUCCUUCUCCAUAGUUAUUCUGUGCCCGCUUGAUAAUACAAGAAAGGCCACCAAGCAACACAUCGAGCAGGUCGUGCCUCAUGAAGUACCAUUUACGAUUACCACAUUGCCCGACGUGGAUGAAUGGAAGGAUAGGAAGCAAACAUUCAACGCAAAAGGUACGCAUCUGGUACUGAACUUGCCCGCAACAGACGACAUUCUGGAAGUCAUUCAACACAUGUCCGAAGCUGAUGCAAGCACGGCACCCGUAAUUGUCAUCAUUUCGGACUUGUACCAGAAGCGUCAAAUCAGCACCCGUGUCAAAGAGCUGGCGGCUACCGGGAAGCAGAUAUUCAUUGUGCCAAAGCCUGUCAAGCCUUCUGCCUUUUCGACUAUCUUUGACCCCGAAAGCAAACGAGAGUUGAGUAAAGAUCGUAACCAGGACAUGGCGCGGGAAAUCAACAACAACUUCAAGACUGUUUCCAAAAUGGUGAAGGAGGUCCUCGGCAACAAAGGCUACCGCAUUCUGCUCGUCGAGGAUGACGAGACCAAUCGCGAUGUGAUGCUCAAAUAUCUUGACAAGAUCAAACUGAUGUCGGAGACUGCGUCCAAUGGCCAGGAAUGCACGGAUAUGGUCUUUUCGAAAGAGCCUGGUUACUACUCUCUUAUCAUUGUGAGUCCACCCCUUUGUUAUCCCAACUGGCCGGGAUGCACCGGCAACUGGAAGGGCAAUGCUAACACUCUUGAUCUCCAGUGCGAUAUACAAAUGCCAGUGAAGAAUGGUUAUGACACCUGCCAAGACAUUCGUGCCUGGGAACUGAAGAACCACUAUCCUCAGAUCCCCAUCAUGGCUCUGUCAGCCAAUGCAAUGACAGAUCAAAUCGAAAAUGCCGCCCAAGCAGGCUUCAAUGACUAUGUCACCAAGCCAAUCAAGCAUAACGAACUUGGAAAGAUGAUGAUGGGCCUUCUUGACACGAAUAAGCCACUCCUACUCCUCCGGGACCGUCUUCACCCGGGAAGUGACAAAACGAUCACUGCUCGGCGUUGA